GGCGGGGGCGGAGGGAGGCGGACGAGGCCGAGGCUGGGCGGCCGCCAUUGCCUUUGCACGGAGCGGAGCGCAGCGACCGGGACCAGCGCCGCCGCCGCCGCCAUGGGCCAGUGCGGCAUCACCUCCUCCAAGACCGUGCUGGUCUUCCUCAAUCUCAUCUUCUGGGCAGCAGCAGGCAUCUUGUGCUAUGUGGGAGCCUAUGUCUUCAUCACUUACGAUGACUAUGAUCAUUUCUUUGAAGACGUGUACACGCUCAUCCCUGCUGUUGUGAUUAUAGCCGUAGGAACUCUCCUUUUCAUUAUUGGACUAAUUGGAUGUUGUGCCACCAUUCGAGAAAGCCGCUGUGGACUUGCCACAUUUGUGAUCAUCCUGCUGUUGGUUUUUAUCACAGAAGUUGUCGUCGUGGUUUUGGGAUAUGUUUACAGAGCAAAGGUGGAAAGUGAGGUUGAUCGCCGCAUUCAUAAAGUGUACAAGACCUAUAAUGGAACUUCUCCGGAUGCUGCCAGUCGGGCUAUUGAUUAUGUACAGAGACAGCUUCACUGUUGUGGAAUUCACAAUUACUCAGACUGGGAGAAUACAGACUGGUUCAAAGAAACAAAAAACCAGAGUGUCCCCCUUAGCUGCUGCAGAACAUCUGCCAGCACUUGCAACGGGAGCCUGGCCCACCCGGCGGACCUCUACUCGGAGGGUUGUGAAGCCUUGGUUGUGAAGAAGCUCCAGGACAUCAUGAUGUACGUUAUUUGGGCGGCCCUGACGUUUGCUGCUAUUCAGCUCCUGGGCAUGCUCUGUGCAUGUAUCGUGUUGUGCCGGAGGAGUAGAGAUCCUGCCUACGAGCUCCUCAUCACUGGGGGGACCUAUGCCUAGAAGAGCCGCCCCAAGCCCCUGCGACUUGUUUCCCUUCCCUGGAAGGUGGGUUGGGCCAGUCUCCUGCAGCCACUCUCCUGCCUCGGUAGACUUAGCUCAAGCACACCUUGCACAAAAGAGAAACGGCUCUCAUGGACACUGGUGAAGGGCACAGACACACGGCUUUCCCUGAGCCCUCCAGCCCCCGUGACCUUUUCCCCCUUUCAGCUCCGUGCAUUUUAAAAAACAUUCUGAUUUCCGAGUCAUUGUCCCGUUGGAAGCAGCAUGAUGGCUUUGAAAGGUGGUUCCCUCUGAGCGAGAGCCCAGUGACUCUGAAGUCCAGUAGAAUCUUUGAAAGCUUUGCUUGGCGGGACUCCGGCCCAGAGGAGGACCAGCUGGCUAGCUGCAUGAAGGGACCCGAGGAUUGCCCUUCACCACUGUCCACUUUUAAAAAUGUAUAUUGUAGUCCGGUAUGAUGGAAAUUGUACAAAAUGACCCAAACUGUAGAACUAUAUGACGUGUAUCUUAGAUCCUCUCCAUUUGAAGGCAUCUUCCAAACUUUAGUGUUUUUUAAAUAAAAGCUGGCUUUUCAGGAGUAUAAUGUAUGCACUACUGUUCUAUAAUGAUAUGUGUGUGUGGUUUUUUUAUGAGUGUAGGUCUUAAAUUUGAAAAUAAUGUACCAGUGUAGACUAGUGAGAAUAGUAUGUAAAAGUGAUCUCUGCUGUAUAUAGUAAAUCUGACUAAAUAAAGUCUGUAUAUCCUCCCUCCAAAA